AUGGAGCACAAGCCCAAGCCCAAGCCCAAGAAGAACAUGGCCCAGCGCGAACUCGAGCGCAUGACCGCCCAACUCGGUGGCCAGUCCCCCCUGGUGACCCCCCUGGGCCCAGGGAACUGGCCGUCCCCCUUCUCCAUGGGCAUCCUUCCCAGCGCGCAGCUAGGGAAGUACAUCAGGGCCUACUACGGCUCCCUCCUCUGCCAUGACAUCGACAAUGCCCUCCCGGGCCGGCAGCCGACCAAGCAAGGCAGCCUCCAGCGCCGGUGGAGCAUCGCGCCGAACCGCUUCCCGCUGCUGCUCCCGCUGUACAACGCGCACCGCUACCGCUUCGCCGGCUCGCGCGACAUCAAGACCGCCGCGAGCCUGAAGCGCAUGUGGGAGAUGUGGAACGCCGAGAUGCGCCGGCUGAUCGACCUGGCGAACGCGAGGGCCGCGGCCGAGGGAAAGACCCUGACGUAUGUAGAGCUGAGCGACAGCGAGGACGAGACGGAGCACGACGAUAACGCCAACGACGACGAGAAGGACGCCGACGAGGGCAAGGGCAACAAGCAAGACGGCAAGCCGGUGGUGGAGGUGGAAGACGACGACGAUGACGAUGACACGGAGGAGGAAGAGGUUGACGAUGAGGAGACGGAGGACGAUGAUAGCGAUGACGACUAUAAGGACGACGACGAGACGGAGGAUGAAGAGGACGAGUAA